AUGGAGGAAGACGAAACAACUGGAGAUCGACCAAUGAGGCUUCGACGAGAGCUUUGCGAUAUCUUCGGAUCGUUUGAAACGUUUCACGAUCGCAUCAUCAGGCACGGCAUGAAAUAUGGAGUGUCCAAGGCUCGUAUUCCUGGAAAGACGAGUCCAACGAAUAUGACGAUGACAAAUUCGCCAAAUCAUGUUCACGUUCAACAUGCGCUUCAGAGCAUGAAAUAUUUGGUGGAGGAACGACUGCCAUCACUUCCGGCGACACUUCCGUCGUUGUCAGCGGCUCGCAGGGACCAACAGAUGCAGCAUUCUUCUGUUCCAUCUACGUCGUCGAAUCAAACCGCGGAUGCCGAGUCAAAGAAGCGAAAAAGGCGAGACAACGAUAACGAUGAAGCAGACACUUCUGAUGCCGAUCGCCGUAAACGCAGCAGAUUCGAUCGUGUCGAUAGCGAGAAAUCGAGAAUCGACUAUGAUCGUAGAAAUGAUUCGUUGCUUCGUGAUUCACUGAAUCGCAGUAAUCUGAAUAGACGGAAUGAAGCAACUGAAACUACUGCAAAUCGACGUGACAAAGACAAUGGAACAGCGGCGAUCAGUCCAGAUUCUGGAGUUCAUUCGACAGAAAAUGAUAUGGGCGAUGAUAAUACAUCGAUUGAGGAGAUUUUGAACAUUAUGAAAAAUAUUGAUGGGCCUCCAUUAUCGCCUCUACCCGACGAUUGUAUUGCAAGAAUACGUAGGAAAGAGGAGAUGAAAAAACGAGCCGAGGAAGAAGAACGUCGUCGAAAAGAAGAAGAAGAAGCCGCUGCGGCAGCUCGGAAGGAGAAGGAGGAGAAGAGAAGGAAAGAAGAGGAAGAGAAGCGCAAGAAAGAGGAUGAAGCUGAAAAGAAGCGAAAGUGUGAGGCGGAAAAACGACGAAAGGAGGAGGAAUCGAAAAAGAAACCAAUCAAGAAGCUUAUGGAUGAUGAUAGCACUUCUUCGUCGGCGAGCCCGUCGACAUCAGCUGCGAAUUCUGCUCGCGGAUCUACUUCUCCGCCACCACAACUUUCUCGACAGGAUCCGAUUCCAUCUGUCUAUAUAAACUCCGAACCAUCGACGUCGAAAAAAUCGGCAGGCGUGUUGUCGCUGAAAUUAUUGAAGUCGGACAAGUUCAAAAAGCUUAUUAAAUUGGCUGAACGCAAUGGAUGUCUUGUGGAAUCGAUCAAGGAGGAGCGAAAAGAACGGAAGAGCAACGAUGAGAAGUCGUCGAAGGAACACCGCAAAGCACCGACACCUUCACCUGCUCCUUCAAAAUCGUCUCGACCAUCGUCUGGAAUGAAAGAAAAAGAGAAGGAAAAGGAGAAGGAGAAAUCUGUUCGACCGCCAACAUCCAAUUCGACUAACUCGCUCGCGACACCAAAAGCAAACGGAUCUGCGAAGAACACGCCGAGCACGCGACCACCUUCAUCCAUGUCGACAAACAAUGAGGUGAUUAAUUCAGCAUUCGCCAAUGCCAUGAACUUGGCUUCGACAUCGACGACUAGCCGAUCACAAACUGUUACACCUCGUCCUGAAGCGGCGGUUCGACCUACAGUUGUGGCAGCAAAGACCAAUUUCAAGUGUUGUUAUAGUCGAGUCAGACUCACCGCUCCGAGGCGUGUUCCAUUCCCAGAUAUAGGGCUGGAGAAUCCCCCGAGCAAGGCUGACUUCUAUCAUGGGCUAGCAAAAUCGUACAAAGCCAAAGCGGACGAAAACAAAGACCGUGUUCCGAAAAUUCUGGAUUACAUGAUAGCGGCAGUUUAUUUCACCCUCGAAGCUGUGUCAAAACAAACCAAAAACUCUUCCGAACGAGCAUAUUGCACUCAAUUGACCAGAGACUCAGCGGAAUUGUUAAGAAAUUGUAUUCAUCAGGCAAUGCGUCCAACCGACGACACUCUCGUCAUGCAUUUCUUGCCUCGUUUAAAGGUUCUUGGCCAAGCCAUGCUUGCAAUUAUGCAUCACCAUGUGUACACAUUCCGCUCAAAUCACGUCAUCAAGUGGAUGAAUAUUCUCGAAUCGCCUGAAUUCCUUGGCACCGUUCAACAUAACACGACACCGCAACCGAUCGCUGAAACACCAUGUGUUAACAAUAAGCAUUUGGCUGUCGCCACUGGUGCACCAUCUGGCGCACCACCUGGAUCAUCGGCUGGUUCGACUCCGGGAAAAAUGGUCGCGAAUUCUCCGGCCAGAACGACGAAUGCCGGUACGACUGUUGCGAAUAUGCUUGAAACGAACAAGGAAAUGGUCAUGGUUCCGGCGAUUAUCUUCGAGACUCAACGUCAACAGAUUAAGUUAAUGAAUUCGCUUGUCUUAGCUCAAAAGUAUUGGCAAGAGGCCAAAUCGUUGGCGUUGUAUGUGGAUAGCGAGUUUCUUAAAGGAAUUGAGGAGGUCUGCGGAAAAACACUGACGAUGGACGCGUCGAUUGACUGUCUCGCGACUAUUGUUUUCACAGCCGUCGAAAGUCUCCGAGCCGAGUUUAAUGAAGAGAGGGUGCAGCCGAUUAAACCGUCACCAACGAAGAUGAAGCCGCUUUUCGAUUAUGCUCUUAAAACGGGCUAUUUCUACACGGAUCGUGUGCACAAUACUCAUCCUAGUACGAGCAGCACCUCAUCGACAACUACGACAGCUUCAGUCGUUAAUUCGAUCUCAUCUGGAGCUCCACCGCCAGUCGUUACCACUGCCUCUACGGCCUAG